GAACAUUGGGAACUCCUGCUACGCUAACGCGACUCUGCAAGCGAUCUUCGCUCUGGAUAGCACUGCAGCAUUGUGCGGCGCAGUGCCUGUCGACGUCGGCCGCGAUGGGGAGCUGGCCACAAUAUGGCGCGCCGCCCGAGAGGGCAAUCUCUUCACCCCAAGGCUCUUCCUGCGAGCCCAUUCCAGCAAGCAGCAGCAGGACGCCCACGAGUUCCUCCACCAGCAGCUACUGCAUGCCGCAGGAUCGUGGGCAGCGCUGUGCAGCGGCGCGGACCUGCCCCGCCUGCACUGCCAGCACUGCGGGCGCAACUUCUGCGCCCUGUCGAUGCCGCUGCGUGCCCCCUCCGGCACUUCAUACUGCGCGGCCCAGGCGGCGCUCUCAGGAUACCUAGAGGCACGGACUAUAGUGGAGCUGGACGAUUGGGCUUGCCCAGCGCAAAAUUGCAUCAACUGCGGCAUCGCGACCGACCGCCCCUUGAAGCGCGACUUACACGUGACGGGAGAGACCUCGGACAGGGCGACGUACUACGUGGCUUACACGCUGCGCGCGGUGGUGACGCACGAGGGGAACACGCCGCAAUCCGGCCAUUACGUGGCGUUCACGCCCCGGGGCGGCCGCUGGGACGUCUGCGACGAUUCCAGGAUCCGACCGGCCAAGGACAUGGAGGCAACUACCUUCGUGCGCAACGGCGAUCCAGGACACGCGUACUUGCUCUUCUACGAGAAGGCGCACUCUUCCGAUGUCGUGGAG